AUGUCGGGCCCUUACGAUUCGUACUCCGGCUACGGCCAACAAGCCCAAUAUCCUCCCCAGCCAGGUUACGGUAGCGGCUAUCCUCCCCAACAAGGCUACGACCAAGGCUAUCAGCAAUCGCAAUAUCCCGAGCAAGGCUACUCGCAAUAUCCUCAAGAUCAAAACUACGGUCCUCCUCGUCGCCAGGACUCCUUUGGACCCCCUCAGCACGGGGGCUUCCAGCACGGUCAAGCCGGUGGCCAGUUUGGUGCCUACGACGCCAGCAACCCGCAAGGCCAUCCAGGCUACUACGGGCAAUUGCAACCGCAACAUCAGGGUUACGGCGGCGGCGGCGGCAAUGACGCGUAUGCCCAGAAUCAAGCCUACCAGGCCCAACUGGCCCAAGGAGGCGGUGCUCAGCAACCAGGCACCCACUUGCCCGACGCGAGCCAACACCAGUUCCAAGCUCAGUCGUCCGAUCCAAAUGCCCCCAACUACGACCCCAAUGCUCCCCCCAUGACCGAAACCGAUCGGGGCUUGCUGGGCGCCAUCGGCGGCGGGUUCGGUGGUCAUAUGCUCGGCAAGAAGGCGAACCAUGGCUUCCUCGGGACAGUCGGCGGUGCAAUAUUGGGCAGCAUCACCGAAGAUUUCCUCAAGGACAAGAAGAAGAAGCACAACAGCAGUACCAACAGCAGCUGGGGUGGGGGUCGCUACUAA